AAGUAAAACGGCGGUUAUAGUAAGGAACCGCACGAGCGCAAGACGUACUAUUUUGACAGAAACGGACUGCCAACGUGCUCAACCGGACCGCUCUUGUCAGUCAGUCAACAGUACGUCGUCUUCCUGUCCGUAACACGAGAACACGGACCGAAAUCUCAACAAUAUGAAGACCGCUCCGGUAUUGUGCGUGGCAGCUUUCGCGCUGGUGCUGCAGGCCAUGUGCGCGACCGCAGCCGGCGGUGAACGCCAGCAACAGCAACAGUUACCGCUGUUCUUCCAAGCGGGCCGACCGUUCAACGCGCCCGGCGCCCCGUUGCCCAAAUUCGUGGGAAUCGCGGGCAACCAGCCGCCGCAGGCGUUCCGCACGGUACCACCGCAGGUGGACGAGGAACAGGAGGACGAGGAACAACGCAACGACGACGAACCGCACCAGCGCAACGUGCUCGCUCCCACACCGCUGCCGUUCAGACCACAACCGACGCCACAGUUCAGUCAAUUCCGCGCUUCUCCGUCGCCGUCCCCGCAGACCUUGCAGCCGAUCCGCAUCAACAGGCCAACCGAAACUCCAAUCAGAAGACCACAGCCUCCUUCGCCAUCGCAGUUCAAAUCGUUGUCCAGCCAACCGUUGUCGGAAGAAGCCCAGGAAUUAGAAGAAGAAAAAGAAGAACCCGACCGUCUUACCCAACUGUUGCCCCAGUCUAAAUUCACAUGCGGUGGUAAAAAAACCGGUUAUUACGCUGACGAUGGUCUGGACUGCGAAGUGUUCCAUUACUGUCAAGACAGUGCUAGACACUCUUGGAUAUGCCCGGAAGGUUUCGUUUUCCACCAGGUGCAUCUGAUCUGCAUGCCACCGAGCAGUGAGAACAUUUGCAAACAGUCGACGCAGUACCAUUUCGUCAACGACUUCUUGUACAGGCCGGUGAACACGGAGGAAGCCAACUCCCGACCGAACGUGACACUCAGGUACGGAGACCGUUACUACCCGGGUAGCAGUUUCGAGGCGGACGAGGAAUACGACCGCGAGGAGGAGGCGCCAUCGCAGAGACCGCAACAGUUCAGACAGCAGCCGGUCCUCAGACAGCGCAUUCAACAGCAACAGCCCCAGCCCACCCAACAGCACGUUCUGUCUACCCCACGCCCGGUGCAAUUGCAGCAACAGCAACAACUCCAACAUCAGCAACAGCCACAGCAACAGUUCGCCCGACAACCAUCCCCCAACCAAGUGUUCCACACGUCCGAGGAGAUCAACAUACCGUUGCAGCAGAGGCGACCAGUAGUGUUGCAGCCGCAGCGACCCAGCUUCCAACAGCAACAGCAACAGCUCCAGCAGCAACAGCAACAGCAAAACGACUUUGAUUUCAGGAGGAAGUAGACGUGACCGACAGUUAUAGAUGUUUCGAUAGGUAUAUCACCGAUGAAAAGCGUCCGUGUCCAUAUACAUAUUAUGUAUAAUGUAUAUCGUUUACAUAAUAGAUUAAAAAAAAUAAUAUUUAUAAUUUUUUUUUUAGUAACACUAGAGCGAGUCACACUCUAUUGUACAUAUAUAUUAUAUUGUUAGGUUAAAAUCAACGCGAAAUCAUUUGAUGAUAGGACUUGUAUUAUGAUAUUGAAGGAGAGCAAUGGAUAGGAUUCAUCAUUAUUAGCAUCACUACAGUUUGCGAAUAACUAUAAUACGACAACACGCAACAUCUUUUAUUUCAAAUUCAUAUUAUGAUCAUAAAUAUAUUAUAUCGAUCGAAUACCUAUACUGCACAUAACCUGUACUUAAAUGAUCAAACUUCAAUACCUCUACGACGUGUAUACUGUAUGCGUAGGUACCUAUAUUGGAAAACACGAUGGAAUACAUACUGUUACUAGGAGUUUUUAUUUUUAAACUGACGACUCCAUUUUAUCAACUAAUUUUUAAAAGUGCACUCCACAAUUUGUAAAAUUAAUUCGGAAAUUGUCACAAUUUCUGCACUUCAGUAAAUAAAUGAUAUAUAAAAAUAUUACAUAUUGAAAAAAUUAAAUACCUACUUUCGACUAAAAGUUUAUUAUAAUAAUAUAAUAUAUUUAUAUAUCAUAAAUUGAUAUUUAAAAAAAAAAUAUGUUUUCUCUUUUUUACAUGCUCUGCAAAUGCCAUUAUGCAAAAAUAAUUAUGUACUUAUCAACUGUUUAUUUUUAAUUAUUUCAUUGUAUUUUUUAUUAUGCUAGCUAUAUUGCUAUUUAAAAACUUUAGUUUAUACAUUUUAAAUUGUGUGUUAUUUAAUAAUUAAUGUUUAAAGUACCGAUACAUAUCAUAAAAGCUGGACAAUUGAUAUGUCAUAGAAAACUUGUAUGUAGUCCAGAUUCAAACGUUCUUGAAGUUAUUUUUAAUGAACUAGAAGUAUUUGUUCGAUUUGAUUCAUUUAAUUAUUGCAUAUUUUAGUUUAUACUUAAUGUAAUUUAACUAAAUAUGUAUACAAAAAAUUUAAUUUACAGAAUCUUUUAAAUUGCUUUAUGCUGCCAAUAUUGCUUUUAUAAUACAAAUGUAAUCAUAUAAAUUAUAAAUUAUAUGAUAAUUUUAUUGUGUUUUAUAAUUUUAUUAAAUAUUAUGUUAACGUUAAUAAAACGUUUGUGAUUUAAAGAAGAAGAAA